AUGGACCGCAGAGACUUCCACCACCGUCCUGCUCAUUUGGCACAUGCUUCUCCUCCUGAUUACUUCGUCCGCCAGGGGAAUACAACUUACCAAGACGAUCUAUAUUUGAGGAAGAGGACCAGGAUGCGUCGGUGGCUUUGCUGCACUUGUCAGGUGGAAGAGUCUUACCCAUCAAACGAACAUGAACACCUGAAAAGUCCAAGAAAUUAUGGAGAAAGCAACCAUAAAGGCUCAAAGGUGUCAACUCCUGUCAAGUCUGAAACAAAUAAGGCACCACCACCUAUUGAGGCUCCAGCCCUAUCUUUAGAUGAGCUAAAGGAAAAGACUGACAACUUUGGCUCAAAGGCAUUAAUUGGUGAAGGAUCGUAUGGAAGGGUGUAUUAUGCAACCUUAAACAGUGGACAAGCAGUGGCUGUGAAAAAGCUUGACGUUUCAUCUGAACCCGAAUCAAACAAUGAGUUUUUGACCCAGGUUUCCAUGGUGUCAAGAUUGAAGAAUGAAAAUUUUGUUGAGUUGCACGGUUACUGUGUUGAAGGAAAUCUUCGUGUCCUUGCAUAUGAGUUUGCUACUAUGGGCUCUCUUCAUGACAUAUUGCACGGUAGAAAGGGAGUUCAAGGUGCACAACCAGGGCCAACUCUUGAUUGGAUACAGCGAGUUAGAAUUGCAGUUGAUGCAGCUAGAGGAUUGGAGUAUUUACAUGAGAAAGUUCAGCCACCGAUAAUACACAGAGAUAUCAGAUCAAGUAACGUGCUAAUCUUUGAAGAUUACAAGGCUAAGAUAGCCGACUUUAACCUAUCUAAUCAGGCCCCUGACAUGGCUGCACGCCUUCAUUCAACUCGUGUAUUGGGAACUUUUGGGUAUCAUGCUCCCGAGUAUGCAAUGACUGGGCAGUUGACUCAAAAAAGUGAUGUCUAUAGUUUCGGUGUUGUUCUUCUUGAGCUUCUUACAGGAAGAAAACCUGUUGACCACACCAUGCCUCGGGGACAGCAGAGUCUUGUCACAUGGGCUACGCCACGAUUAAGUGAAGAUAAAGUGAAACAGUGCGUAGACCCAAAACUGAAGGGAGAAUACCCCCCCAAAGGAGUUGCUAAGCUUGCAGCUGUUGCAGCACUGUGCGUGCAGUAUGAAGCUGAAUUCAGGCCAAAUAUGAGCAUUGUUGUUAAAGCACUCCAACCACUUCUGAAGUCUCCAGCUCCUGCUCCAGAAAGUUGA